AUGUCUGGACGACCACCCCCACCGCCCGGAUGGGCUCCACCAUCGCCGCCAGGAGCUCCUCCCGGACUGUCAGCACCUCCUCCACCCCCAGGCUUCAAAGCAGACCCUCAGGCCGCCAAGCUGCAGGAAAAGAAGCAGAAAUGGCUUCGACAGCAGAGACAGCGGUUCGCCGAGAAGCGCAGAGGAGGGUUUGUGGAAACACAGAAGGCUGAUAUGCCGCCGGAGCAUCUGCGCAAAAUCGUGAGGGAUAUUGGAGAUGUGUCGCAGAAGAAGUUCAGCGCAGACAAGAGAAGUUAUCUUGGAGCCUUGAAGUUCAUGCCGCAUGCCGUGUUGAAGUUGCUGGAGAAUAUGCCAAUGCCGUGGGAGAGCAGCCGCGAGGUGAAGGUGCUAUACCACGUCAACGGAUGUUUGACACUGGUGAACGAGAUUCCUCGAGUCAUCGAGCCUGUGUUCCAUGCGCAAUGGGCAACAAUGUGGGUUGUCAUGAGACGAGAGAAAAGCGACAGACGGCAUUUCAAGCGUAUGCGGUUUCCACCUUUCGAUGACGAGGAGCCACCACUUUCUUGGAGCGAGAACAUUGAGGACGUUGAGCCUCUGGAGCCGAUUCAGAUGGAGUUGGACGAAGAGGAAGAUGAGGCAGUUUACGAGUGGUUCUACGAUCACCGACCACUAUCAGACACAAGCCACGUCAAUGGGCCGAGCUACAAGGACUGGAACCUGUCAUUACCACAGAUGGCCACACUCCACAGACUGAGCAAUCCUCUACUGUCAGAUAUCAACGACCGCAACUACUUCCACCUUUUCGAUAUGCCAGCCUUUGCCACCGCGAAGGCACUGAACGUGGCGAUACCUGGUGGGCCACGAUUCGAGCCGUUGUACAAGGAUAUCGACCCGAACGAUGAGGACUUUGGCGAGUUCAACGCGAUCGACCGAAUCAUCUUCCGAGCACCGAUCCGAACAGAAUACCGAGUCGCAUUCCCAUACCUAUACAACAGCUUGCCGCGAAGCGUGAAGCUUGGUGUGUACAGCUCGCCGCAGAACGUGUAUGUGAAGACGGAGGACCCCAAUCUACCACCCUUCUACUUUGACCCGGUGAUCAACCCAAUUUCCUCCCGAUCGGUAGCGCCGAAGAACCUCACAGUCAGCCACGAAGACGAGAUCUUUGGACCUGGCAGCAAUGAGGAGCCAGAUGAGGAGGAAGGAGGAUUCAGCUUGCCUGGCGAAGUUGAGCCAUUCUUUGAAGAUCACAAUCUAUACAACGAUGAUACUGCGUCUGCCAUCGCACUGUGGUGGGCGCCAUACCCAUUCGACAGGAGAUCAGGCAAGAUGGUCAGAGCACAAGACGUACCAUUGGUCAAGCAGUGGUAUCUCGAGCACGUACCCCAAGGGCAGCCUGUGAAGGUGCGGGUGUCUUACCAGAAGCUGCUUAAGACUUACGUUCUGAACGAGCUGCACAAGAAGCCACCGAAGGCGCAGAACAAGCAGAACCUGUGUCGCAGCUUGAAGACUACCAAGUUCUUCCAGCAGACAACGAUCGACUGGGUCGAGGCUGGUCUGCAAGUGUGCAGGCAAGGUUUCAACAUGUUGAACUUGCUCAUCCACCGCAAGAACUUGACCUAUCUCCACCUUGACUACAACUUCAACUUGAAGCCAAUCAAGACCCUGACCACCAAGGAGCGCAAGAAGUCGCGGUUCGGAAACGCAUUCCAUCUGAUGCGUGAGAUCCUGCGCUUGACGAAGCUCAUCGUCGAUGCCCAAGUUCAGUACCGACUGGGUAACAUCGAUGCGUUCCAGCUCGCUGAUGGUAUCCUCUACGCCUUCAACCACGUCGGUCAGCUCACUGGUAUGUACCGAUACAAGUACAAGCUCAUGCAUCAAAUCCGAUCUUGCAAGGAUUUGAAGCACUUGAUCUACUACCGAUUCAACUCCGGCCCGGUCGGCAAGGGUCCUGGUUGCGGCUUCUGGGCUCCAGCCUGGAGAGUGUGGUUGUUCUUCCUGCGCGGCAUCAUUCCUUUGCUCGAGCGAUGGCUCGGCAACUUGCUCAGCAGACAGUUCGAAGGUCGUCAUUCCAAGGGUGUAGCCAAGACUGUCACCAAGCAGCGUGUGGAAUCACACUUCGAUCUUGAGCUGCGUGCUUCGGUCAUGGCUGACCUGAUGGACAUGAUGCCCGAAGGUAUUAAGCAAAGCAAGGUCAACACCGUCUUGCAGCAUCUGUCAGAGGCAUGGCGAUGCUGGAAGUCCAACAUCCCGUGGAAGGUGCCUGGUCUUCCAAAGCCGAUCGAGGACAUCAUCCUUCGCUACGUCAAAUCGAAGGCUGACUGGUGGGUGUCUGUCGCGCAUUACAACAGAGAGCGCAUCAGGCGAGGAGCGACAGUCGACAAGACUGUUGCGAAGAAGAACUUGGGUCGUCUCACCAGACUGUGGUUGAAGGCUGAGCAAGAGCGCCAGCACAACUACCUCAAGGACGGUCCAUAUGUCAGCACAGAAGAAGGUGUCGCCAUCUUCACGACAGCUGUGCACUGGCUGGAGAGCCGCAAGUUCCAGCCAAUACCGUUCCCCUCUGUCAGCUACAAGCAUGACACCAAGAUCUUGAUCUUGGCGCUUGAGCGACUUCGCGAGGCAUACUCAGUCAAGGGUCGUCUCAACCAGAGCCAGCGUGAGGAGCUGGCCCUCAUUGAGCAGGCAUACGACAGCCCUGGCACAACGCUCGCACGUAUCAAGCGCUUCCUGCUGACCCAGCGAUCCUUCAAGGAGGUUGGCAUCGACAUGAAUGACAACUACAGUUCCAUCAACCCGGUGUACGACAUUGAGCCAAUCGAGAAGAUCACCGAUGCUUACCUUGACCAGUAUUUGUGGUACCAAGCAGAUCAGCGACGACUCUUCCCGGCCUGGAUCAAGCCCUCAGACUCCGAAGUGCCACCCCUCCUCACCUACAAGUGGGCGCAAGGUAUCAACAACCUUUCGAAUGUGUGGAGUGUCGACGAAGGCGAGUGCAAUGUCAUGCUCGAGACAAGACUGGACAAGGUCUAUGAGAAGAUGGACAUCACUCUGCUCAACAGACUUCUCAGAUUGAUCAUGGACCACAACUUGGCGGAUUACAUCUCGUCCAAGAACAAUGUGCAGCUUAACUACAAGGACAUGAACCACACCAACGCAUACGGUAUGAUUCGUGGUCUACAAUUCAGCGCCUUCGUCUUCCAGUACUACGGUCUGAUUAUCGAUCUGCUCCUCCUUGGUCUGCAACGUGCCUCCGAGAUGGCUGGUCCUCCCAAUGCGCCGAACGACUUUUUGCAAUACAAGGAUCGAGCGACCGAGUCGAAGCACCCCAUCCGACUGUACACCAGAUACAUCGACAAGAUCUGGAUCUUCUUCAGGUUCAGCGCCGAUGAUACGAGAGAUCUCAUCCAGCGUUUCCUGACCGAGCAACCAGAUCCGAACUUUGAGAACGUGAUCGGCUACAAGAAUAAGAAGUGCUGGCCACGUGACUCUCGCAUGAGGCUGAUGCGCCACGAUGUCAACCUUGGUCGUGCCGUUUUCUGGGACAUGAAGAAUAGACUGCCCCGAAGCAUCACUACCGUUGAGUGGGAUGACACUUUCGCUAGCGUCUACAGCAGGGACAACCCGAACUUGCUGUUCGCCAUGAACGGCUUCGAGGUCCGCAUUUUGCCAAAGUGCAGGAACAUGAACGACGAGUUUCCAACCAAGGACUCUGUGUGGGCCCUUGUCGACAACGCGACCAAGGAGAGGACUGCGCACGCUUUCUUGCAGGUCACCGAGGAGGACAUCGCCAAGUUCAACAACCGCAUUCGACAGAUCUUGAUGAGCUCUGGCAGCACAACCUUUACGAAAAUCGCAAAUAAGUGGAACACCACUUUGAUCGCUCUCUUCACAUACUACCGCGAAGCCGCGGUCAGUACCGUGAAUCUGCUCGACACUAUUGUCAAAUGCGAGACCAAGAUUCAGACUCGUGUCAAGAUCGGUCUCAACUCGAAGAUGCCUUCUCGCUUCCCACCAGCUGUGUUCUACACACCGAAGGAACUUGGUGGCCUCGGUAUGAUCUCAGGAUCUCACAUCCUCAUCCCGGCCUCGGACAAGCGAUGGAGCAAGCAGACCGACAGUGGUGUUUCCCACUUCCGCGCUGGUAUGAGCCACGACGAAGAGACACUGAUUCCCAACAUCUUCCGUUACAUCAUCCCUUGGGAGGCAGAGUUCAUCGACUCGCAGCGUGUCUGGACCGAAUACUCGCAGAAGCGGUUGGAGGCCAAUCAGCAGAAUCGAAGACUAACCCUCGAGGACCUGGAAGACUCCUGGGACCGCGGUCUGCCACGAAUCAAUACUCUGUUCCAGAAAGAUAGAUCAACAUUGUCUUUCGACAAGGGCUUCCGAGCACGAACCGAGUUCAAGCUGUACCAGCACAUGAAGAGCAACCCAUUCUGGUGGACAUCUCAGCGACAUGAUGGCAAGCUGUGGAACUUGAACAGUUACAGAACCGACGUCAUCCAGGCGCUCGGUGGUGUCGAGACGAUCCUGGAGCAUACCCUCUUCAAGGCGACCGCCUUCCCCUCUUGGGAGGGACUGUUCUGGGAGAAAGCCAGCGGUUUCGAAGAGUCGAUGAAAUUCAAGAAGCUCACUAACGCCCAACGUUCUGGUCUGAACCAAAUCCCUAAUCGUCGUUUCACUCUCUGGUGGAGUCCUACGAUCAACCGAGCCAACGUCUACGUUGGUUUCCAGGUUCAGCUCGACCUGACUGGUAUCUUCUUGCACGGAAAGAUUCCUACACUCAAGAUCUCACUGAUCCAGAUCUUCCGUGCUCACUUGUGGCAGAAGAUCCACGAGUCUGUGGUGAUGGAUCUUUGCCAGGUCUUCGACCAGGAGCUCGAAGCACUCGGUAUCGAGACUGUCCAGAAGGAGACCAUUCAUCCUCGUAAGAGUUACAAGAUGAACUCUUCUUGCGCUGACAUCCUGCUUUUUGCUUCGCACAAGUGGAGUGUAAGCAACCCAAGCUUGCUUUACGACACCAAGGACAACAUGGGCUUGACGACCACCAACAAGUUCUGGGUUGACGUCCAGCUGAGAUAUGGUGACUACGAUUCUCACGACAUCGAGCGCUACGUUCGUGCCAAGUACCUGGACUACACGACCGACAGCAUGUCAAUCUACCCAUCGGCCACUGGUCUCAUGAUCGGUGUUGACUUGGCCUACAACUUGUACUCGGCUUACGGACAGUACUUCCCUGGUCUCAAGCAGCUCGUGCAGCAGGCGAUGGCCAAGAUCAUGAAGGCCAACCCAGCGCUGUAUGUACUUCGCGAGCGUAUUCGCAAGGGUCUGCAGCUGUACGCCUCGGAGAGCAACCAGGAGUUCUUGAAUUCUCAGAACUACUCCGAGCUAUUCAGCAACCAGAUCCAACUCUUCAUCGAUGACACGAAUGUCUACCGUGUUACUAUCCACAAGACGUUCGAAGGUAACUUGACGACCAAGCCCAUCAACGGAGCCAUCUUCAUCUUCAACCCACGCACAGGACAGCUGUUCCUCAAGAUCAUCCAUACAAGCGUGUGGGCUGGACAGAAGCGUCUUGGUCAGUUGGCCAAAUGGAAGACUGCAGAAGAAGUCGCAGCACUCAUUCGAUCGUUGCCCGUCGAAGAGCAGCCAAAGCAACUCAUCGUCACCAGAAAGGGUCUGCUUGAUCCGCUCGAGGUGCACCUGCUUGACUUCCCGAACAUCAGCAUUCGUGCUUCGGAGCUGCAGCUACCAUUCCAGGCAGCCAUGAAGGUCGAGAAGCUAGGAGACAUGAUCUUGCGUGCUACCGAGCCUCAGAUGGUGCUCUUCAACCUGUACGAUGAGUGGCUCAAGAGCAUCUCGUCUUACACGGCUUUCUCGCGUCUCAUCUUGAUACUGCGUGCGCUGCACGUCAAUCAGGACAAGACAAAGCUGUUGCUGCGACCAGACAAGACCGUCAUCACGCAAGAGCACCACAUCUGGCCAACGUUGUCUGAUGACGACUGGGUCAAGGUCGAGGUGCAGCUGCGUGACCUCAUCUUGAACGACUACGGCAAGAAGAACAACGUCAACACCUCGUCUUUGACCAACAGCGAGAUUCGCGACAUCAUCCUGGGUAUGGAGAUUAGCGCGCCAAGCAUGCAGAGACAGCAAGCUGCCGAGAUCGAGAAGCAGCAACAGGACCAACAACAGCUCACUGCUGUCACCACAAAGACGCAGAACGUGCAAGGAGAAGACAUGAUCGUCACGACCACGUCUGCGUAUGAACAACAGAGCUUCGCUUCGAAGACGGAGUGGCGGACACGAGCCAUCGCCACCAGCAAUCUGCGAACAAGAGCAAACAAUAUCUACAUCUCAUCGGAGGACAUCCGCGAUGACGAAGACCACUUCACCUACGUCAUGCCGAAGAACAUUUUGAAGCGCUUCAUUGCUGUUGCAGAUCUGCGUGUGCAAGUGGCAGGCUACCUCUAUGGUGUCAGUCCGCCCGACAAUAAGCAGGUGAAGGAAGUCAAGUGCAUUGUCAUGAUCCCACAAGUCGGCAGCACGCGCGACAUCCAGCUGCCUAGGAACCUGCCCGAAAAUGAGAUGCUCAACGGUCUCGAAUCUCUUGGUGUCAUUCACACAUCUGCUGGCAACGAGACAAAUUACAUGACGGCACAAGAUGUCACCACACAUGCCAAGCUGAUGGCUGCUCACUCGACUUGGGACAGGAAGACAGUCACGAUGACUGUCAACUUCACACCAGGAUCAGUAUCGCUUUCUGCUUGGUCGCUGACGCCACAAGGAUACCAGUGGGGUGCCGAGAACAAAGACCUCUCAUCAGACCAGCCAGCUGGCUUCACCACAAGCCUUGGCGAGAAGAGUCAGCUCUUGCUGUCCGACAAGAUCCGCGGCUACUUCCUUGUGCCAGAAGACGAGAGGUGGAAUUGGAGUUUCAUGGGCUCAGGAUUUGGAGACCGCGAGAAGGGACGAGUCUAUGUCCAGGUUGGCGUACCACGACGAUUCUACGAUGAUGUGCACAGACCGGUGCAUUUCCAAAACUUUGCCGAGUUGGAGGACGUUUGGGUGGAUCGCAGUGAUAACUUGGCAUAA